AUGCAAACACCUUCCCCCGCGCCUACCCGCUCCCUGGACGAGCAUCUCACACAAGUGUAUGCGACCGAGUUUGCUAACCACUUCCCCGAAGCCAUUUUUGAGGCCGGCCCCCGAUCAGCUUCUUCGGCUAUGAGCACUUCCCACCCUUCGGCCGCGCCACUCUCCGCCCAUGAUUCGCCAGUAUCAAACCAAACGGCAUUUUCCCACACCCAGAAGCAUGCACGCAACAAUUAUCCCGAUAUGCUAGGUUCACCACCGGUCCCGCCCCCGCGCGGCUCGUCUACGCACCACAGUCGCCGCAGCCCCAACGGUUCGUCCGGAGAGAAAGGAUCACGCCAUGGGAAGAGCCGGAGUGAUCGCAAAGAGAACCGUGACCGGUCGCGCGACGACCGCAAUGGCAAGAGCCGGUCACGGCGUGCAGAUCCUCUGGAAGAGACUACUCGUGAACCAGGCAAAUCGAGAACUUUCCCCGUCUCCAGCUCCCAAAUCGAACCGGAGGUGGAAAACUUGUCUGGACAAGGGGCUCUGGUGAAGGAAUCGAGUACAGUGAUCAACUCAGUUAUGGUCAGUGACCCCGUUGUGGAUCGGGAAAGAGAGCAAGUGCGACAAGUGGGCGCGUCCCCGGCCGACACAGCUGAACAGACCUCUGCGGGUCUUCCAAACGAUAUUCCCGAAGAUGAGGUUCGAACUGGCUAUCGUAGCCGACACGACUACAACAACAAUAAUAAUGGCAACACGAUCAAGCGCAAAGAGACCACCUUUGGCCAUUACAUCCUCGGCCAGACCCUGGGUGAAGGUGAGUUUGGAAAGGUCAAAUUGGGAUGGAAGAGAGAUGGUAGCAUCCAAGUCGCUAUCAAGCUCAUCCGUCGAGAGUCGCUUGGAUCGAACCCCAGUCGGCUCCCAAAGAUCUACCGGGAAAUCUCAAUCUUGCGCGAUCUCGCGCAUCCUAACAUUGUCCGCCUUCACGAAAUGGUGGAAACCGACCGCCACAUUGGUAUCAUCAUGGAGUAUGCAUCUGGUGGUGAGCUAUUCGACUACAUCCUCAAUAAUCGCUACCUGAAAGACAACUCUGCACGACGGCUCUUUGCGCAACUCGUUUCUGGUGUGGGAUAUCUUCAUAAAAAGGGCAUCGUCCACCGAGAUCUGAAGUUGGAGAACUUGCUGCUGGAUAGGAACCGCAACAUUAUCAUCACUGAUUUUGGGUUUGCCAACACUUUCGAUCCGCAUGAUCCGCUGGACGAGGAGAUCGAAUACAACUUGACUAACAAGGAGUAUGUGAAGCGCAAGAAGUUGGACAAGCCAAAUGCAGCUGGGUUGCGGCGGGGUGAUCUGAUGCAGACGAGUUGUGGUAGCCCCUGCUAUGCUGCCCCGGAGCUUGUCGUGAGCGACUCCCUGUACACAGGGCGUAAGGUAGAUGUGUGGAGUUGUGGUGUCAUUCUGUACGCGAUGCUGGCGGGAUAUCUGCCAUUCGACGAUGACCCAGCAAACCCCGAUGGAGACAACAUCAAUCUCCUUUACAAAUACAUUGUCACCACCCCUCUCACAUUCCCCGAAUAUGUCACCCCCCAUGCUCGCGACCUUUUGAGGCGUAUCCUGGUUGCCGACCCUCGGAAACGUGCAGACUUGUUCGAAGUGGCUCGUCACAGCUGGCUGAGCGAGUAUUCCCACAUCGUCUCUCAUAUUACCAGUAGCACCACAAACGUUGCGGACAUUGCCAACACGACAAUUCCGGCCGAGACACAAAACGAAGCACCCACUCUUGCUCGCAGCGCAUCGGUUCGAGAGCCACCGAAGACACACCAGAGCCCCGUUCCGGCUGUUGGUGGACUCAACCAUCACGCGGGAGACAUUUCCCAGGAAUCGCCAAGCGAGAAAUCAAAGACUUCGCGUGAUGCCAAGCGCAGAACGGUGCAGGUCGAGUAUGUUGCUCCGCAGUCCCAGACCGCACGUGGCGAAAAUCCUGUGGAAUCGGGAUCACGCACACGCCCAUCAGCUCCUAAGGAGGAGCAGGGGCCCCCAGUACCGGAGAAGCCAAUCGAGCCCAUGGCGGCCAAGCCCAGGGAAAAGCCGCCCAUCAACUACGACAAGCCGUUGCCGGGUCACUUCCCCCGUUCGACCUCGGACAACGCGGCCGUCACAGGGACACAUACCAGUGCCACGGGCCCUUCGUAUGCCCGGCCGACAACAGGGGGCUCUAUGGCCUCCUUCAACACUGGCAGAUUACCAUCCCGAGGCUCGUAUGGGCAACCUGUUGCCCCCAUGGUCACUACGACCAACACCGAAGGUCGCCUGGCCCAACCCAAUAGCCGACAAUUUGCGCUUACGCAGAACCCGGCGCAUGCAUCGAAUACCUCCGUUGGUCGCCCAAGUACACAGCAACUCCCGUCGGCAUUCAAUCCUACUCCGCGACAAGAGCCUCCGCCAAAGGGCCACAAGCGGUCAAGCACAGUUUCCAGCCUCGGCGAAAAACUGUUUGGUCGUUCCAGCUCCAUUCUUGGUGGGCGAAACUCGCAGACCACUGCUCCUCGCUCUCGACAGAAACGGCCACCCCCUACGAGCAUGAAGGAGAACUUCCCGCGGGAGGAUUCUCGCAUGUCUAUGGAUUCUAGACGUUCCAUGCAGUAUGGACACAAUAGAAAGACCAGCGAAGCUACUGGGGAGGGCCGUCCUCGUCGAUUCUCUCUUUUGCCACCCUCCUUCUCCCUCAAGGGAUUCUCCUCUGCUGGUCGCGCCCAAACACCGGAGGAAGCGUCACAGACACCACGUACGGUUGAUCCCCAUGGUCCGCCACGCCCAGCUACUGGACCUGCUCCGACCCGCCCCCGUGCGACGAGUUACGGAACACAAGACGCCAUGGGCAUGGUGAGCGAGGGACCAUCCGAUGAAGUCCAUGAAGAGCAGAAAGACAGCGAGCAGCCCCUCAGUUACGAGGCUCAGAUAGAUCAGCAAUUCGCUGAGCUCGGAUCUCGAUUCGAUCAAACACAGGACUCAUUCGGAGCCAUCUCGUCAGAGCAGGUCUACCAAAACGAUGAUCCCCAUUACGAUGGACGCCAUUACACCUACUCAUCGAAACCGAACUACUACGACGACUACAAUGGCAACUACGAUAGCUUGCCCCGUCAGUCGAUGCAAGCUGGCCGAUCUGGACGUGGACCCAAUGUUCUACAAAAGAACAACCGCAAAUUCGCCGAUGCCUAUGAGUAUGAGCGCGACCUGUCCCACCACUCCGGUAGUUCGGGCGCAGCCCGUAAAGUUAUGGAUUUCUUCCGCAGGCGCGCCAAGUCACGUGCUGGUGAUGACCGGUGA